GUUUCACCGGAGGAAUUUAAAUGUUGCACAACUUGGCAGCCGUGUCGAUGGAGGAGCACGAAGUACAAGUGGGCACAGUUUUAUCAUAAAUAUCGCGUUUAAAUAACAAUUACCCUUAAAUAAAUUGUAUGCUUCACAUCGGCACAACACGAAACCAAUAUAUCACCUGCAACAGCGUUGGAGUUUGAGCCAUGGCAGCGUUGUCGGAGGAGGUGCUGCUGGUGGUGAAGAGGGUCCGACAGAGGAAGCAGGACGGGACCCUCUACCUGAUGGCAGAGAGGAUAGCCUGGGGACCAGAGGGGAAAGACCGUUUCACCGUCAGCCACCUGUAUGCUGACAUACGCUGUCAGAAAAUCAGCCCAGACGGCAAGGCCAAGAUUCAGCUACAGUUGGUCCUACACACGGGGGAGAGCACCAACCUCCACUUCUCCAACGAGAGCACUGCCCUGAAAGACCGUGAUGCAGCCAAGGACCUCCUCCAACAGCUGCUGCCCAAAUUCAAGAAGAGGGCUAACAAGGAACUGGAGGAGAAGAACAGAAUGUUACAGGAAGAUCCGGUGCUGUUCCAGCUGUACAAGGAUCUGGUGGUGUGUCAGGUGAUCAGCGCUGAGGAGUUCUGGGCCAAUCGGCUGAGCAUAAACAACGUGGACCACUCCCUCUCCAACAACAAGCAGGAAGUUGGCAUCUCGGCAGCCUUCUUGGCGGACAUCCGGCCCCAGACAGAUGGCUGUAACGGCCUUAGAUACAACCUUACAUCUGACAUUAUCGAGUCAAUCUUCAGAACGUACCCUGCAGUGAAACAGAAGUAUGGUGAGAACGUUCCUCAUGACAUGACAGAGAAGGAGUUCUGGACGCGGUUCUUCCAGUCCCACUACUUCCACCGAGACCGCAUCAACACGGGCCUGCAAGACAUCUUCUCAGAGUGUGCGAAGCAGGACGAGAAGGGCCUGAAGUCCAUGGUGUUCCAAGGAGUGAAGAACCCAAUGGUGGACCUGCUGUCACUGGAGGAUAAGUCGUUAGAUGAGGGUUAUGGGUCUAACUCUUCAGCACCUUCUACGUCCAAUACUAACAAGACCGUGAAGGAGAACAGUAACUCUGCCAUAAUCAAGAGGUUCAACCACCACAGUACCAUGGUGCUGGCAGCAGGCUCCGGAAAGAAAGCGGAUGCUCCUAACGGUCAGGCCUGUGAGACUAGCAGUACAGAUGGAAACUCUAGGGAUUCGGACUUCUUCCAACCACCCAUUAAGAAGGUGAAAAUACAAGAUGUCAUAGAGUACGAGGACCUUCAUAGGGAGAAUGGGAAGAAGACAGUGGCUCUGAACCUCAAGAAGUCUGACAGGUACUCUCAUGGUCCCGUGCCUCUCCUGCCCCAACAGUACACCACCAGUCAAGACAUCGUCAACUCUGUCAACUGUAUAAAGCAGGAAAUAGCCAGCUACAAACCCUGCCUUACUCAGGUGAUGUCCAGCAGUACAGCCAGUUGUGCCAUCGCCGCCCUCUCUCCAGGGGGUGUUCUCAUGCAGGCAUUAGCACAGCAAGCCAUUAACCAGAUGGUCCCCAAUGACGUUCAGGGGGAGCUGAAGCAUCUGUACACGGCUGCUGGGGAGCUGCUGAGACACUUCUGGUCCUGUUUUCCUGUCAACACACUUUUCCUGGAAGAGAAGGUGGUAAAGAUGCGGGCCAACCUGGAGAGAUUCCAGAUGACUAAGCUCCGCCCCUUCCAGGAGAAAGUCCAGCGUCAAUACCUGAGUACUAACCUUACUGGUCACCUCGAGGACAUGUUGCAGAUGACCUACAAUAAAUUCCACGCCUGGCAAACACGUCGGAUGAUGAGGAAAACCUGAGAGGGGAGAAACGCAUGGCUUUAUCAGAGAGAAUGGAAAGAAUGAAUGAACGAGAUGGAUGGACAGACCUUCUACCUACCAGGCUGCUGUGUCAGAGGAGAGACAGAUGGCAUAGUUCCCCGGGUGAGAUGAAGAUUCAGACGGGUGCUGCAGUUAGCCUGCUAAAACCCCACAGGUCCAUCAGACUGACACACUCACUAGGUCUCAAUCACAAAUUACUCUUAGUUUUUUUUUUUGCGUUUUCCUCAGUGAAUGGGAUUCAUGUUGAGGUCAUGACUCUCCGCUAUAAGGUUUGAACAAACGUAGGCAAACUUCUUCUUUUUUUUUUAGUUUUUAAAUGUGUAUAAAAAAAACGACCAGACUUCAGAUGGGAAGUCAAAAAAGGAACUCAGGAACUGAACAGACUAUGUUAAAUAACAAUACAUUUUUAUAAGCAAAAGGACUGUGUGAUGUGAAGCUUAACUUAAUGUGAGAUGCUCUCAGUACAGAGACUGAAAGAUGGAGAGCUCAGUACAGAUGCCACGCCCUUUCCUCAGUCCUCCCAGGCCUUUUUCCCCCAGUCCUCCCAGGCCUUUUUCCCCCAGUCCUCCCAGGCCUUUUUCCCCCAGUCCUCCCAGGCCUUUUUCCCCCAGUCCUCCCAGGCCUUUUUCCCCCAGUCCUCCCAGGCCUUUUUUCCCCAGUCCUCCCAGGCCUUUUUCCCCCAGUCCUCCCAGGCCUUUUUCCCCCAGAGUUGAGGACUGGGUCCAGGGAACCUGUCUACAUUGGAUGGAGGCUGGCUGGCAGGCAGUCAGGCAACUGAAUAUAGCAAUACUGUAAAGACAUUUGUCUACUGUAUGGCUACGUCCCAUAGGGCAUGCUAUUCCCUAGAUAGUGCACAGCAUUUGACAAGGGCCCUCAGAGCCCAAUUGGCCCUGGGUCAAAAGUAGUGCACUGAAUAGGGUGCUAUUUGAGAUGUUGACUCUGCCCCUAAUCACACUUUAAAACUGCACUGGUAUGUAAUGUCUGUUCUGUUUCUAGCUGCACUGAAGACACCGUCUGGAUGUUAACUCAAACAUUAAAGUGAAAUAUAUUAA